AACUUUUUUUCUGUUCCUUUUUUUGUCCUGUAGGUAUUUCUAAUUUCUCCAGUGUUUGACAAUGUGACCUGCUGCUCUGAGACAGGACUUUUACUUUCUCAGUGAGGUUCCUGACGCUGGGGGGAUGUGCCUGUGUGCUGCGCUGACGCUGCUGCAUGUAAAAUUAGCUGGCUGCAGCCUUUCAGGGACACCUCUUGCGGACCGCCGGAGCCCACAGUGCAAUAAACAUGGCAGCAGAGAUAUCCACUUCCAUAAACAUCAAGGAGCCCCGGUGGGACCAGAGCACAUUUGUAGGUCGGGCAAAACAUUUCUUCACUGUCACGGACCCCAGGAACAUCCUCCUCACCAAUGAACAACUAGCACACGCACACAAAAUCAUCACUGACUACAGGCAAGGUAUAGUCUCUCCAGGGCUGACGGAGGAUGAGCUGUGGAGAGCCAAAUAUGUUUUUGACUCGGCUUUCCAUCCCGACACUGGGGAGAAGAUGAUCCUGAUUGGCCGCAUGUCAGCGCAGGUUCCAAUGAAUAUGACGAUCACUGGAUGCAUGAUGACAUUUUACAAGACGACUCCAGCGGUGUUGUUCUGGCAGUGGAUCAAUCAGUCUUUCAACGCAAUAGUCAACUACACCAACAGGAGCGGUGAUGCACCAAUCACAGUCAGUCAGCUUGGCACAGCUUAUGUGUCUGCCACCACAGGGGCAGUUGCCACCGCUCUAGGACUAAAUGCACUAACAAAGCAUGUUUCACCUCUGAUUGGACGGUUUGUUCCAUUUGCUGCUGUAGCUGCUGCCAACUGUAUCAACAUCCCACUGAUGAGACAAAGAGAGCUCCAACACGGCAUCCCUAUAACAGACGAGAACGACAACAGGUUAGGAGAGUCGACAAAAGCUGCGCAGCAGGCUAUAUCUCAGGUUGUGGUCUCCAGGAUCCUCAUGGCCUCUCCAGGAAUGGCUAUCCCUCCAUUUUUAAUGAACCAUUUGGAGAAGAAGGCCUUUCUGAGGAAGUUCCCAUGGAUGAGUGCACCUAUUCAAGUCAGCCUGGUGGGAUUCUGCCUGGUGUUUGCCACUCCACUGUGCUGCGCAUUGUUCCCUCAGAGGAGCUCUAUGUCAGUCAGCCGCUUGGAGCCCGAGCUGCAGGAGAAAAUCCGGGCCAACCACCCAGGAGUGGAGAGGGUCUACUUCAACAAAGGGCUAUGAGUGUGCAGCCCCCCUCAUCCAAACACUGCCAUAACACACAGCUGCAGGCUCGGUCCUUGCCUCUCUGCCAGCCCUCCUCAUUCAGUGUGCCAAAGUUAAGUUUGUGUCUCCUCAUUUCCACCACUCAGAUGGGUAUCCGCGGACUCCUCCUCUCAGUCAGUCUCUUUGUAACAAGAUGUUUUGCUUUUGUCAGUGUGAUUUCAUUGUAAUCGCUCGAGAAGAUUUUCUCUGACGGGGCCGCGUGUUUCAGGACAGACAAGGCGGCCCGUGUGAGAUUGUUUUUAGUGGACUUUUCUUUUUCUGUACAGUAUUUUUUUAAGUUGGUCACUUGUGGACCGUUUGUUGCCGCCAAAUCAUUUUCAUACUCUCCUACCUGAGGUUCGCAGGCAUUUAUUUUGUACCUGCGUUACAGUUUAUCGUAAUCAGAUCUUAGUUAAAGAUCUCUGCAGUUCAUGCAUUUGCCAAAUCAGUACUCACAUUUUUUUUUUAGACCUCUAUCAACGAUUACAACCUCCGUAUCUUGACAGUGUCAUUUCAAAGAAUGAGGUUCACUUCAGCUCUCUUUAAUUCAGUGCAUUUGUGCCAAACGAGUGACACGCAGCAAGACUUGAGGCCUCUUGACAUCAAAUCAUGAAUCUGAAAACAAUACUCCAGGGAUCCAUCCUGUAAAAUGUGAUGCUAUGAUGGUGGCAGCCACUGAUGGGCCAACACGGUGCUAUUUGAUGUCUUAAUAAUUAGUGUUUAUCGUACUAUUUAUUCUGCUUGUCAAAAAAUGCAUGAACAAACCAUUCCUCACACGAGCGUCAUGGGAUUUAACCCUGAGUUCUCUGAAAACUCUUUUUUGUUUCCUGUAUAUUUAGUCACACCGGGGCUACGUUCAGGAGAGCUGAGCGGUGGUGACAAGAAAUGUUAUUGAUGAUCAUUUCAGCAAAACGCACCAGCUCUCGUUUCCAUAAUCCCUAAUCUCCAGCAGUUAGUCAGGAUUUUCUGAUCACAGUAUUCGAUCCCGCUAAAAUUCAACGACUCAUUCAUGCCUUACACAGACUCGUACCGCAUCUGUCUUCUGUACCUUAAUGCAGCAUCCUAAGAAGUUUGAUUAUCACCGCGCAAAGUGGCGCAUUUUAGAUUGUUGUGGGAGUUUUAUCAUAUUGUUUUGAAGGUGUUACAGUACAUGUAUUUGUACAAUUGCCGUCUAUCUUAGAUAUAGAUACCAGUAUUGGGGAGGGAAAAAAAAAACACCAAAAACAUUCUCACUAUAGUAUUUUUCAAGACAAGAGUGGUAUAUAUGGAAGGAUCCUUAAGGCCAGUGUUUUUUUGUUUAAACUGCUCUAUGGACUGUAACAUCACAAACACGGUCACAUUUCAAGCUUUCGAGCUAAAACCUUAGAUCAGCAACAACCUCCUUGUAUCUUGCUCUUAAGGUGAGAAAUAUCUACAGCUUAGUUAUUACAUCCAGUUACGUCAGCACACACUAUCACAGAGCUCUGGCCUGGUGAGCUGAUAGAGCAGGUGCAGUCUGAGGCUGUGGCUUUCGUUCUGUACCUUUGCUGCAGCAGUCAGUAUUCAGGUGAUAAUGGCCGUCUGGUAUGUAAGAACACCAGACUGCAUUCAUCCACAAGACUGCCAUCCCUUUUCAGCUGAUGGCCUUAGUGGUGCCGCAUUAACAGCGACUGUAUUUUACUGCACAAAAGUCAAAUCGUAGGCCAGUUUCACAUCAGAGACUGACUGUACAACUGAACAACACGCCAGAUUUAUCAUGAGACAUUUUUAAAUCAGGGACGAGAGCGAAAAAGAUGGACUGAAGCCACAAAAGUCACAAGAAAUAUUAAAAUCUUUAACAAGCUUAUCCUCAUUUCGAGACUUUGAUUUGAUUUUAAAUGUAACUUUAGGACCCAGUGUACGUUGAAAUCAUUUGGUCCGAUUACUGCAAAGGUUUACAUUUUAAAUUAGAAAACAUCAGAUGCUUGUGAACUCUGAUUUGAUUUCAUUGCAUCUUUUGCUCAUCAUGGUGUGUGAUUUCUGUAAGGUGUUUAAUGUUUAAUAUAAUGUAAAUCUACUUAUAUAUAUUGCCGUAAGAGUAACUUUAUUUUAAAUGGUCAGUGUUUCCAGAGAGAUAUGUUGGAGUCGGACUUGUUCCCUAGCUGGUUUGAAGUGAAGUUUGUCAUUCUCGUGUUCAAGGUAACUGAAUGUAGCAUUUUCCAAUUACUGCUGUUUUACGGUGCGUCGGUCCAGAGAAGCACAAUGUUGUGAGAGAUGUUAAAUGCUGCACAUUUUUAAAAACUUGUUAAACCUGUUCAGUUUUCCUGACCACAAUGCUUUUCAGUAAAUCAGUGGCGGAGUAAGAAAAAAAAAAAUACUGAAUUUGCCCUUUGGUAGACAUGACAUCUGAGCGUCCACUUAACCUCUGACCAGAACUAAUGAAAACUAAUUCCCCCUUAAUGUGUUUAAGAAUAUUAAAUUACCAUGAUCACAAGCUUCACACAACCAAAUCAAAUGAAAUGUCACUACAGCCAAAGCGAUACAAAUCGAACUGCGUCAUUCACAGUUUGCAUUCAUUGAAAUGAAUAUUUUUAAAAAGAUUACAAAAAAAUGGUAUUUGAUUGUUUUGCAGUACACUGGAGUGAUGUAAUGUUUAGACUAACUGGAUGAAAUAAAGUUGAUGAAAUCUUG